ACGCCGCUUUGCCGCCCGCCAUGGGGUGCUGCCCAGCCCGGGGAUUGCUCUGGAAAUUUGGCCUCUUCUUUCCGCUCCUCGCAGCCCGCCCCGCCGCCUGCAGCCACGGCGCCGGCAACCAAGUUAUAUUGCUUGAUACUACAGCUGCACUUGGAGAGCUUGGAUGGAAAACCUAUCCUUUAAAUGGGUGGGAUGCAAUUACUGAAAUGGAUGAGCACAACCGUCCCAUUCACACUUACCAGGUAUGUAAUGUAAUGGAACCAAACCAAAACAACUGGCUUCGUACAAACUGGAUCUCCCGUGAUGCAGCACAGAAAAUUUAUGUCGAAAUGAAGUUUACUUUGAGGGACUGCAACAGCAUUCCAUGGGUAUUGGGAACUUGCAAGGAAACUUUUAACCUCUACUACAUGGAGUCAGAUGAGUCCCAUGGAGUGAAAUUCAAGCCAAGCCAGUACACAAAAAUUGAUACUAUUGCAGCUGAUGAGAGUUUUACCCAAAUGGACUUGGGUGACCGCAUCCUUAAACUCAACACAGAAGUUCGUGAGGUUGGGCCAAUAAACAGGAAAGGAUUUUACCUUGCUUUUCAGGACAUUGGAGCAUGCAUUGCUCUGGUCUCAGUCCGUGUUUAUUACAAAAAGUGUCCUUUCACAGUUCGUAACUUGGCUAUGUUUCCUGAUACUAUUCCAAGGGUUGAUUCUUCCUCUUUGGUGGAAGUACGGGGUUCCUGUGUGAAGAGUGCUGAAGAACGGGAUACUCCAAAACUCUACUGUGGAGCAGAUGGGGAUUGGCUUGUGCCUCUUGGACGAUGUAUCUGCAGUGUAGGAUAUGAGGAAGUUGAUGGUUCCUGCCAUGCUUGCAGGCCAGGAUUCUAUAAAGCUUUCGCUGGGAAUAUAAAGUGUUCCAAGUGCCCUCCACACAGUUUAACCUAUGUAGAAGCAACUUCUGUCUGUCAGUGUGAAAAAGGUUACUUCAGAGCGGAGAAAGACCCACCAACUAUGGCAUGUACCCGGCCGCCUUCUGCUCCAAGGAAUGUGAUUUUUAACAUUAAUGAAACAGCCCUUAUGUUGGAAUGGAGCCCGCCCAGUGACACAGGAGGGAGAAAAGAUCUAACCUACAGUGUAAUCUGCAAAAAGUGUGGGUCAGACACCAGCCAAUGUGAGAUAUGUGGUGGAGGCAUCCGUUUCAUCCCAAGACAUACAGGCCUGAUCAACUCCUCUGUGACUGUACUUGAUUUUGUGUCUCAUGUGAAUUACACCUUUGAAAUAGAAGCCAUGAAUGGAGUUUCAGAGCUGAGUUUCUCUCCCAAGCAGUUCACAGCUAUCACAGUUACCACAGAUCAAGAUGCACCCUCCUUGAUUGGGAUGGUAAGGAAGGACUGGGCUUCCCAGAACAGCAUUGCCCUCUCGUGGCAAGAGCCUGACUUUCCCAGUGGAGCCAUUCUGGACUAUGAGAUCAAGUACUAUGAGAAAGUCUACCCCCGGAUAGCGCCGGCAUUUUGGCACUACCUGCGGGUAGAAGAGCAUGAGCAGCUCAGCUACUCUUCCACAAGGUCCAAGGCUCCGAGUGUUAUCAUCACAGGUCUCAAGCCAGCCACCAAGUACAUAUUUCAUAUCAGAGUCAGAACGGCAGCAGGAUACAGCGGCUAUAGCCAGAAGUUUGAAUUUGAAACUGGAGAUGAAACUUCUGAUAUAGCUGCGGAGCAGGGGCAGAUUCUUGUAAUUGCCACUGCUGCUGUUGGUGGAUUCACUCUCCUGGUCAUCCUCACUCUGUUCUUCCUAAUCACUGGGAGAUGCCAGUGGUACAUCAAGGCCAAAAUGAAGUCUGAAGAAAAAAGAAGGGCUCAUUUGCAAAAUGGGCAUUUGCAUUUCCCAGGUGUCAAAACAUACAUUGAUCCAGACACAUAUGAAGAUCCCUCUCUUGCUGUCCAUGAGUUUGCAAAGGAGAUAGAUCCUUCAAGAAUUCGUAUUGAGAGAGUAAUUGGGGCAGGUGAAUUUGGAGAAGUAUGCAGUGGGCGCCUGAAGACACCAGGAAAAAGGGAGAUUCCUGUUGCCAUUAAAACUUUGAAAGGUGGUUAUGUGGACAGGCAGAGAAGAGAUUUCCUGAGGGAGGCCAGUAUCAUGGGACAAUUUGACCACCCAAAUAUUAUUCGCCUUGAAGGAGUCGUUACAAAAAGCAGGCCAGUAAUGAUUGUGGUUGAAUACAUGGAGAAUGGAUCCUUGGACUCCUUUCUGCGGAAACAUGAUGGGCACUUCACAGUCAUCCAGCUGGUUGGCAUGCUGCGUGGAAUUGCAUCUGGCAUGAAGUAUCUUUCUGAUAUGGGCUACGUACAUCGAGAUCUGGCAGCUCGUAACAUUUUGGUCAACAGUAACCUCAUGUGUAAAGUCUCCGAUUUUGGCCUGUCACGAGUGUUGGAGGAUGACCCUGAAGCUGCUUAUACAACAAGUGGUGGAAAAAUCCCCAUACGGUGGACAGCACCUGAAGCAAUAGCUUAUAGGAAAUUCUCUUCAGCAAGUGAUGCAUGGAGCUAUGGUAUUGUCAUGUGGGAAGUGAUGUCCUAUGGAGAGAGACCAUAUUGGGAGAUGUCUAAUCAGGAUGUUAUACUGUCUAUAGAAGAAGGUUACAGGCUUCCAGCUCCCAUGGGUUGCCCAGCUUCCCUUCACCAGCUGAUGCUUCACUGCUGGCAGAAAGAGAGAAACCACCGGCCGAAGUUCAGUGAUAUCGUCAGCUUCCUAGACAAGCUGAUCCGCAAUCCAAGCACCCUUCAUACCCUGGUGGAAGAUGUACUUGUAAUGCCAGAUUCACCUGGUGAAGUUCCAGAAUAUCCUUUGUUUGUUUCAGUCAGUGAUUGGCUGGACUCAAUAAAAAUGGGUCAGUAUAAGAAUAACUUCAUGGCUGGAGGUUUCACAACUUUGGAUAUGGUUUCAAGAAUGAGUAUUGAUGACAUUAGAAGAAUUGGAGUUGUGCUCAUUGGACACCAGAGACGAAUAGUGAGCAGUUUACAGACUUUACGAUUGCACAUGAUGCACAUACAGGAGAAAGGAUUUCAUGUAUGAAACUACUAGAAGCAACUGUGUUUUGUGCCUCAGCAUUUCUAAAAUGAAAAAUAUUCUCAUCCCUCCCUUCUGCUCCUUCCAGUUUCCAGAACUGCAGUCUCCUGUUCAGACUAUAAACAUACUUUUAUUUUAAUGCUUCCAGCCUGGAAUUUUUAACCACACUGCAUAGAUCCUCCAUCAGUUACCUGCCAAUGAAAUCCUGGCCCACUGCAAGACUGUUGCUACGCACUGGUGAAUAACUCAGCAUGGAUGUGUAACUUUGUAUAACAGUAUUUGGGAAACUUUCAUGGAUUUCUUUGAUAGUAGCAGCUAUUUGGCCUGGUGUGGCUUCUUUAUUGAUGUAUUUAGAGUGUGAUGGUAGAUCAAAAAGUAUUUGACUUCUUUCAUGUUCUGUGAUCAUGUAACUUCCAAUAUCAAAUGUGCAAUCAAAAAAAGUUUGACAUAAAUAUUUAUUUUACCCCUUAACUAAAUCCAAAUAUAUGGGUCCUAUUGUUACCUUACUUUGUAAUAAUGCUGGUAAGCUGGUGCCUGAAAUGUGUUAGAAUUCUUUGCAGAAGUGACUGAGUUCCUGUAGUGAUUUCUUAUUGCCUGCAUAAUUGAGAAAGGGGUUAGAAAGCAUUACGUUUUAAAAUUUCUUGAGGCCCUGAAUUUAAAUUUAUUUCUAUUAUCACUCAACAUUCUUUUAUCUUUCAUAAAGUUGCAACAUUCAUUCAUUCUGAGGAUGUUUCACCCUUUUUUUGCCCUUUUUAAUACUCAGUAUUUGUCUCUAUCACAUGGUAGUUUACUCCUGAAAAGCUAUUGUAACAAUUCCUUAACCACGUAUACUUAGAGAUCUAUCCAACUCAAGGCAGUGGCCAUCUGAUUUUGCAGGCAAAUCAUGGGGCUGGCUGCCAUUUUCAUGGACUUAUUGUGGCUGCCCCCCAUCC